AUGGUGAUGAUACAUGAUGGUGGAUUGGAAAAGAAAUCAAAUAAUCAACAAAAUCCGCCAAGAUUUGUUUUUGGCAAAUUGCACAUUAAUGUGAGUUUUCAGGAAAAUUGGGUUACUGUAGAUUCUAAAUGUUUCAAACAAACUUCAGGAGAUUUUUUAGAAAUAAAUUACUAGAUGUAAAAGUUGAAUUAAGAAAUGUUCUGCUUUUUUUCAGAUCUGACAUAAAAUAGUCAGAAACUUAUCAGAACAAACAUGUUUGAUAUACCGAAAAACAUUUUUUGAGUUCUAAAUUUUCACUGUGUAACUUUUUUUUACAAAUUGACAAAAAAUUUCAGAGCACAAUGAAAGCGAUUGUUUCCUUCGGAAUAAUUGUUAUCUUGAUGUUAGUUGCUCUUUUAUAUUUCAAAUUCCGAAAAGCAAUGUUCAUUCUUCUUGUUCCAACAACUGUUUCGGUUUUAACAGUUAUCGCAAUUGUUUCGAAAAAACAUCGUUUUGUUUGGCCAGUCGUUGCGAUUUCAAUGUUUCAUGUUAUUCUAUCAAUCUAUGCACUUCUUGUUUUCAGUUUCUAUUUCUUUUUCAAACCAUUCUACAUUUUGAUGGUUUCAAACUGGGCAUUUGAUAGUGAGUUAUUUUGAACUAGAGGAAAAAUUCAAAUUCUUAAUUUUUUAGCAAUGCAUAACGAUAAGAAUGCUGCUUUCUAUUUACAAUCAGCAGGAAUUUAUUCCUUCCUUAUUGUUUUUAUGCUUUUCAAUGCCUGGCAAGCAAAUGUCGCUAUUCAUUAUAUUGUAAGUUUUAAUGAAAGUCUCACGGUAUUUAGAAAAUCAAAAUAAAAUACUAUUCAGGAACAUAUAAAUCUCGAAACUUCUUCUUCUUCAUCCCGUCGCCAAUCUCAUCAACCAACUGUUGUUGUUGUCAAUAAACCAAUGUAUUAA